GAGAACGCAGGCAGAAGAGGUUGGGGAUCAUCAUCAAUGCUGCCGGGAUCUCCUCUCCACCCAGCUCCUGCCAAUUGAAUCCGCCGGCGCUACCUUCGAUCGAGGUUUGCUCGAGGCCGCAGCGCUCCGGCACUGCCAUGAGAGGAUGACCCCCGCGCAGGAUCCGUUCUACAUCGUCAAGGACGAGAUCCAGGACUCGAUUGACAAAGUGCAAGAUACUUUCAACCAAUGGAAGCAGACGCCUGAAAAUACUGGAGAGUAUGUGCAUCUGACCAAAGAACUAUUAACCAGUUGUGAAAGUAUCCAAUGGCAGGUGGAUGAAUUGGAGAAGGCAAUUUCAGUUGCUGAGAGAGAUCCUGCAUACUAUGGACUUAAUGAUGCUGAAAUCAGGAGAAGAAGAAGCUGGACUAGCACUGCACGUAACCAGGUGCUCUCUUUAAGGCGGAAUGUUGAAGCUGGAAGGCAAAAGACUUUGUUUGGACAUUCAACCAACGCCUCUGAAUCCAUCAGAUCCAAGAAGCACAUUUCACAAGAUAAUGAUGAAUUCAUUGCUUCGGAAUCUGAUCAGCAGAUGCUCCUGAUAAAGCGCCAAGAUGAGGAGUUGGAUGCACUUAGUGCUAGUGUCCAGCGAAUUGGCGGUGUAGGUCUCACUAUACAUGAUGAGCUUGUCGGGCAGGAGAAGCUUUUGGGUGAGCUGAGCCUCGAUAUGGAAACUACUUCAAAUCGUCUUGACUUUGUGCAGAAAAGAGUGGCUAUGGUCAUGAAGAAGGCCAGCUUGAAGGGACAGAUCAUGAUGAUCGCAUUCCUAGUGAUUCUUUUCAUCAUUCUUUUCGUUUUGGAGGAGGAGGCGAGGAUGUCGCACCGGAAGUUCGAGCACCCGAGGCACGGUUCCCUCGGCUUCCUCCCGAGGAAGCGCUGCUCCCGCCACCGUGGCAAGGUGAAGUCCUUCCCCAGGGAUAACCCCACGAAACCAUGCCACCUCACUGCUUUCCUUGGCUACAAGGCUGGAAUGACGCACAUUGUGCGUGAGGUUGAGAAGCCUGGAUCCAAACUCCACAAGAAGGAAACCUGUGAGGCUGUCACCAUCAUUGAAACUCCUCCUCUUGUUAUUGUUGGGCUUGUGGCAUAUGUGAAGACUCCUCGUGGCCUCCGGACCCUCAACUCUGUGUGGGCUCAGCAUCUUAGCGAGGAAGUGAGGAGAAGGUUCUACAAGAACUGGUGCAAGAGCAAGAAGAAGGCUUUCACCAAGUAUGCUCUCAAGUUCGACAGUGAUGCUGGCAAGAAGGAAAUUCAGCUGCAGCUUGAGAAGAUGAAGAAGUAUGCUUCUGUGAUCCGUGUGAUCGCCCAUACCCAGAUCAGGAAGAUGAAGGGUUUGAAGCAGAAGAAGGCUCACCUCAUGGAGAUCCAGGUCAAUGGUGGUACCAUUGCUGACAAGGUGGACUAUGGCUACAAGUUCUUUGAGAAGGAGGUCCCCGUUGAUGCUGUAUUCCAGAAGGAUGAGAUGAUUGACAUCAUUGGUGUGACCAAGGGUAAGGGUUACGAGGGUGUGGUCACUCGUUGGGGUGUCACCCGCCUUCCACGCAAGACCCACAGGGGUCUCCGCAAGGUUGCCUGUAUUGGUGCCUGGCAUCCGGCUAGGGUCUCCUACACUGUUGCCCGUGCUGGUCAGAACGGAUACCACCACCGUACUGAGAUGAACAAGAAGGUUUACAAGAUUGGCAAGUCUGGACAGGAGAGCCAUGAUGCCUCCACCGAGUUUGACAGGACUGAGAAGGACAUCACUCCCAUGGGUGGCUUCCCCCACUACGGUAUCGUCAAGGGUGACUACCUGAUGAUCAAGGGUUGCUGCGUCGGCCCCAAGAAGAGAGUGGUGACCCUCCGCCAGUCCCUCCUGAAGCAGACCUCGCGGCUCGCCCUGGAGGAGAUCAAGCUCAAGUUCGUCGACACCUCGUCCAAGUUUGGCCAUGGGCGCUUCCAGACCACUGAGGAGAAGCAGAGGUUCUAUGGCAAGCUCAAGGCCUAAGCUGCUGCUUGUUCUCACCGCGGAAGUCCUAAAUUGUCACCUGAUACUAGUUCCUCCCUUGUUUCCUGUGGUACUAAGUUUUGUAGCAGAUGUUUGAGAACCUGUUCCCAAGUUAUCUGUGGAUUCGCCAUCUGUGCUCGAAACCUGUUUGUGCGAUUUUGCUAGUUGGAAUGCCUCCUGGAACAUCUGAUUGCAAUUGUGGGCGACUGCCUAGUUUCAAUCGUUCGGGAUUCUUUGUUCCUAAAAAAUGGUGCUUUCAUUGUA